ACAAGAGGCUGUGUUGGAGGCUCCUGUGAACCCCAGGCCCAUCCCUGAGUGACCAAGUCUCCGUGUCCCACCCACAACUGUGCCCACGCAGCCACAGUCAUGGACAGGUUCCGGAUGCUCUUCCAGCACCUCCAGUCCAGCUCCGAGUCGGUGAUGAACGGCAUUUGCCUCCUGCUGGCUGCGGUCACAGUCAAGAUGUACUCCUCCCUUGACUUCAACUGCCCCUGCCUCGAGCGCUACAAUGCCCUCUAUGGCCUGGGCCUGCUGCUCACACCCCCUCUGGCCCUCUUCCUCUGUGGCCUCUUGGUCAAUAGACAGUCUGUGUUGAUGGUGGAGGAGUGGCGCCGGCCAGCAGGGCACCGGAGGAAGGACCUGGGCAUCGUCAGGUACAUGUGUUCCUCUGUGCUGCAGCGAGCUCUCGCAGCUCCCCUGGUCUGGAUCUUACUGGCCCUCCUUGAUGGGAAGUGUUUUGUGUGUGCCUUCAGCAACUCCGUUGACCCCGAGAAGUUUCUGGAUUUUGCUAAUAUGACCCCCAGCCAGGUGCAGCUCUUCCUAGCCAAGGUGCCCUGCAAGGAAGAUGAGCUGGUUAAAACCAGCCCUGCUCGCAAGGCCGUGUCUCGGUACCUCCGCUGCCUGUCACAGGCCAUCGGCUGGAGUAUAACCUUGCUGGUGAUAGUGGUGGCCUUCCUAGCCCGUUGUCUGAGGCCCUGCUUCGACCAGACCGCCUUCCUACAGCGCAGAUACUGGAGCAACUAUAUGGACCUGGAGCAGAAGCUCUUUGAUGAGACGUGCUGUGAGCAUGCGCGGGACUUCGCACACCGUUGCGUGCUGCACUUCUUCGCAAGCAUGCAGAGCGAGCUGCGCGCUCUGGGGUUAUAUCGGGACCCAGCUGGUGGAAUGCCAGGGUCACAGGAGCCCCUGGAUCCCCCAGAGGACCCGGAGAGUGGAAGCGGGAAGGCGCACUUGCGUGCGAUCUCCAGCCGGGAGCAGGUGGAUCACCUCCUCAGUACCUGGUACUCCAGCAAGCCGCCGCUUGACCUCGCAGCAUCCCCCAGGUUCUGGGGACCUGGCCUCAACCACCGAGCCCCUAUAGCUGCUCGGUGCCACCAGCUCGAUGUAUAGGCUUCAACAGCAGUAGUUUUCCCGUGUUAAAUUCCCAUGUUGGCACGGGUCUGGAAGCCGGUCUCCCUUGUUGGCCUCCUUCCCAGAUAGCCCAGCGGCUACCUAGUUUCUGGGUAUGUGCUCCUCUGUGAUCACCGCUCCCUCUGGGCCCUGAUCAAGUUCAGAUUCUUAUUUAGGACAUUCAGACUGAGUUCCUGAAUCUAUCCUUUCCUUUCUUUUCCGUCCCUCCCUCCCACUUCCCUCCUUCUCUUCUCUCCUUUCCUCCCUUUCUCCCUUAUCCUUUCCUUCUCUCCUCAACCAUCUCUUCUGAGGAACUUCAGCCAUCUAGCUGAAGAUGGCCUUGAACUCCAGGCCUGGGAUACACGGCUAGCCUCCUGCCUCAGACUCCCUUAGUGUUAGGAUUACAGGAAUGAGCCGCCACUCCCCAAUUUCCAGAAUUUUGUCUCUAACGAGCCCCCCCCCCAAAAAAAAUACUGGUUCUUCUGAUCAUUGGACCAAACUUUGAGUAGCCACAGUCUGAAUAAAUCUGUUGUGGAUCUGGGUCAUAGACACUGACUCCAAAUUUAAAAGCAAAAGAAUUACCAUAAUAGUGUCAC